GGGAAGCCUAACCCCGACUCAGCCUCCUUUCCAUCAUCAUCAAACAGUCUCAAUUCCAGGAUUGUACUCCAGUCCUCCCAGGUUCCGCCUCUUCAAUAUCCACCAUGCACUUCUCAUGAUGGCUACAUUGGCACCACCAAGUUCUUCAAGAUCUCCGAACAGAAUGCCUCGAAAGUGGGCUCGCAAAUGCGAACGAUAUGUCUGCUUAGGAGCCACUUAUUUCCCCCUACUAUUCGUCUACUCUCUUACAACUUGGGCCGUAUGGGUGGAGGCCACAAUUGGAUUUCUGCAAGCAAAAACGACAUGGACGGGAACCGGCACAUCCGUCCUAGGUAUCGCUUUGUACAUCCUAUUGAACUGGUCCUACACGACUGCAGUCUUUACGAGCCCAGGAACAACAACUAGCAGUAAUGGAUAUAGCACACUACCAACAAACGCGCCGCCGGCUGCUACCAAUUUCACAGUCAAAUCAAAUGGGGAAAUGAGAUUCUGCAAGAAGUGUCAGGCGCGAAAGCCGGAUCGAGCACAUCACUGCUCGACAUGCAAAACAUGUGUCCUGAAAAUGGACCAUCACUGCCCAUGGCUAGCGACCUGUGUUGGGCUACGAAAUUAUAAAGCCUUUCUUCUAUUCCUGAUCUACACGACACUCUUCUGCUUUGUCGACUUCGCAGUGUCAGGUUAUUGGGUCUACAGAGAGAUCCUGACCGAAGGGGAAUACACGGAUGCGCUGAUGCCGAUCAACUAUGUGAUGCUAGCUGUGAUCUCUGGAAUAAUAGGGUUGGUGCUCGCUGGAUUCACAGGGUGGCAUAUCAUUCUCGCUUCUAGAGGUCAGACUACCAUUGAAUGUUUGGAGACAACGAGAUAUCUAUCUCCUCUAAGAAAGCAGCACCAACAUCUUUCUCAGUCGAGCUACGAGCAGCAGCAGCGAGACAUGAAUGGGGAACCUGGCCAGCAUGGGCAGCGGCACGAAUCCUACGAUGCGCUGGAGAGAUUUAGAGCGAGGGAGAGAUACGAAGCAUAUCUCGAUGAGCAAGACUCUGAAAAGCUACCAAGCGCUUUCGACUUGGGACGGAAGCGAAACCUGCAGCAUCUCUUUGGACCAAGCAAGUUGUUGUGGUUCUUCCCGAUUUGCAACACGACUGGCGAUGGAUGGAGUUGGGACGCCAGUCCCAAAUGGUUGGAAGCGAGAGAGAAGAUCGCUCGGGAGAGGGAGGAGCAACGACAACGAGAACACGCUGCUGGCUGGGGAGCGGACCCAACCCCACAAAUACCGCCUGUCCGUGAUGGUGCGGGUAGACAUUAUGUCUCAUAUCCUAAUCGGACACAAUCUAAAGCGGAUAGACUGCUGGGGAGAAAUCCAGAUGAUUAUAGCGACGAUUCGGUUCCUAUGAACAACCUACGAUCGAGGGACCCAGAAGACCAGUAUGAUAUUAGUAGUGAUGAAGACGAGGCUGAUAGGAGGGCUUUGGACCGUAAAGCUACACACGGUUGGCCUCAGAGAGUUGGUGUUGUCACGAAUACAUUGUUAGGGAACACGCUUGCCAGGCAGAAGGAUGAUGUCCGGGGCUGGGAUGGCAUUGACGAUGGUGGCGUUGAUUGAGAGUAUAUUAUGGCUGUAUUUGGGAUCAUUGGUUGGCGUUACCUAGGCAGGUCGAUGUAUCAUACCCCAUUUAUGAUUUGCAUGUACCCUUAGCAUCUACAUAUUACCUUCAAUAUUUGUAUUAUUUAAGGUUCAAAGUGACAUAGGAUCCUACGAGAUGACGAUGAUUUGUUCUGUUCAUGUAUCGUAAACCCUGGGAAUUGGGAUUGUCGGAGAGGGUUUCCUUCCUGGUCAUU